AUGUUUUACAAUUAUAAUGGACAAUACAGUGUAGUACUAUUGGCUAUGGUAGAUGCACAUUUACGUUUUAUUUACGUUGAUGUAGGGACUAAUGGUAGAGUUAGUGACUCUGGAGUCUGGAAUAAGUGUUCUCUAAAAAAUUAUUUAGAUAGGGGCACUCUAAACAUUCCUCCUCCUGCUCCAUUGCCAGAUACACAAGACAAUUUUCCCUAUGUGAUUAUUGGGGAUGAAGGUUUCCCAUUAUCGGAAAAACUUUUAAUUCCUUAUCCAGGACCUCAGUGUAAUGGGAAUAUACACAAAAAGAUAUAUAAUUAUAGAUUAUCUAGAGCACGGCGUUGUUCGGAAAAUGCUUUUGGUGUGAUGGCUGCUCGUUUUCAAAUUUUCCGAUCCGCAAUGAGAUAUGAUCCGGAUGAUGCAUACGUGGUAGGCAAUUGGGUAGCAGAUGUUACAACUGACGUUGGAUCUGGGAUGAGUUCUGUUGAGGUGUGUGAUUCUGAAUCUGUACAAGGUGAUAUUUCAUCACUGUUUAUACUUGUUGUAUUGUUAUCAGAUAAAUUAGAUGGAAUAAUCAUGUAUUGCUAA